AUCACAUCAUCAUCCACAUAUUCCUCAACUACAUUAGAUCUACAUACUUCAUUCACUUCACUUGGCACAAGUCACAUGUUCACUUCAGUGGCUUCACCUUCUCCAUUAACUUGUACAUUAUCUGGUUGUGAGAGGUGUGACACUACUAGCUCUAACUGCUGUCAGGUUUGUUCAUCUGGCUAUAGCUUUAUCAGUGACAACUGUGUUUGUGGCAUUCAAAGCACAGCAGGAAUACCAGUUUGGAGUAUAGUUAUUAUUUCUGUGUUGUUAGUAAUAGUUAUUGUCACUGUCUUACUAUUGAUUAUGUGUACUAUUGCAUUAGUGAAAGUGAAGCACAAGAAUACACAAAGUGAUCAGCCUAAUCAGCCAUUUUACGACUACAUUGAUGUUCAGCAAAGAACUGGUCCUACUGUACCUGAUCCUGUUAAAGGACACAAUUCACUUUCACUCAAUCAUUCAGUGGACAUGCAAACAGAUCACAAUCCAUGCUAUGCAGUAGCAAUGGAAGAAACUCAACUAGUCCCCAACCCCAGUUAUGCCUCAACUACCAUUCAGCAAUGAACUCAA